GCGCACACGCAUUUGCCAAGAAGUAACCAUGCUUCGAUCGUUGGCAACGCGCGCGUUCUCGACGGCGAGCGGGGUCCAAACCAAGCUGAACCAUCCCACGCGCCGCGCCGGGCACCUCAUGACCCAGCUGCAUGCGGAAGAAGUGGCCAAGGCUACGGAACGCAUCGGCGCCAACUUGACCAAGUUCAAGCCGGGCGAUGCCGUCGAGGUCGAAAUCAUGCUCAACAAGUCGACGCAAAAGACCCAGCGCAUCAAGGGCGUGGUAAUCGCCGAGCGCAACCGCGGGAUCUCGAGCUCGUUCACGAUCCGCAACCACAUCGCCGAAUGCGGCUACGAACAGACCAUCUUCAAGCACUCGCCGCUGUUGGUGUCGGUCAAGAUGAUCAAGGAAAAGUUCAUCAGCAACGGCAAGAAGCGAGCGCGGCGGGCCAAACUCUUUUAUCUGCGCGACAAGGCCCCUCGAUUCACCACGUUGUAAUGACUAUUACUCCUGUUCACUUGGUUUUCUCCCUCUUGUUCCAUCUAUCUACCGAC